UCUUGCUCUAUGUAAAUAUGUACAGUUAAAUCGUUGCGACUGUUUGAAUAAAAGUACUUGAUGUGUGAAGAUCAGGAGCGUUUGAAAAUUGUAAAAUGCAUAUACUUUAUUUAUGGAAUAUUGUGAAAUGAAAUAUGAAAAUCUUCGAAUAGGACUUUUAACUUGAUUUAUCUGCUUUAAACGGUGGAAAUAGUCAGCAAUGCUUCGUGAAAACUAAUAUAACGAACAAAUCAAAAUAAUGACAUCAGCCGAGAAAGAACAAUUUACGGCAAGUGCGGACAAUGGCUCUGAGAAAGCGUCUAAAAGUCGCCCCGACGGAAACAGGGUGAUACCAAAAGACAUGUUGUGCGGACUAGGGCCCUGCAAACCAAUCGCGAUUCAGUUUUGCGCCCGAAUGGGGAUAUUUGUAGGCGCCUACAGUUUCUGCGGACUGAUGACGUCAGUUUUGAGCAUGUACAUUUCAUCACAAAUCACGACAAUCGAAAAGCAGUAUGGACUGAGUAGUUCUCAAUCCGGGUUAUUGCUGAGCUGUAACGAUAUCGGAUUCCUUCUGACAACACUGCUGGCGAGUUAUUUCGCGCGCAAAGUUCAUAUACCACGAGUCCUGUGGCUUACAGUGGUCGUGUAUGGAAUAGCUGGCAUUAUCUGCUCUAUGGCGUACUUCGUUUCAAGAGAUUUCGUCUUUGAGCAGGCGGAACAUCUCUCACAGAUUCUGACCGCCAGAAACGCUUCCAACAAUGCAAAUUACUCAGUGGCACAGUCCGUACCGUCGAGGCAAUAUCCGAUGUGCAACAGGCAUCAUCAAACAGCAGACGUGUAUUCUUUGCCCAGGAACGGUUCCACCUGCGACGUACAUGGUGCAGAGACCAGCUUUGGAGUAGGCGAGCCAAACAGAUACACGCACCUUGCAAUGGCCUUCAUUGCAGUUGGUAUGAUUCUGCAGGGACUUGCUAAGGCUCCCCGCUACCCUUUCAUCACGACGUACGUGGACGAUAACGUCAACAAAAAGAACACCGCGAUGUACAUGGGAAUUAUUUCCGGUGUGGGUAUAUUUGGUCCCGCUAUAGCAUUUUCGGUCGGGGGCCUGUUUAGCAGACACUAUGUUACUUUGCAAGAUGUUCCCAUCACUCCUAGACAUCCGGCCUGGAUAGGCGCCUGGUGGCUGGGCUUCGUCGUCUUUGGCCUAAUAUCCAUCGUGAUAUCCUUUCCGCUACUCCUUUUCCCGCGCAAACUCCGUCCGCGCCCUCGAGGGCAGAAGGCAUUAAAAAGCGACUCUGGAUCAACGUUUCAAAGGGCCAUUUUAGAUUUUCUGAAAUGUCUAUUCCGGCUUAUCAGUAAUAGCGUUUACAUGCCCCUGAACGCGAGCACGUGCAUUCUGUUGUUCGCGGUCGCUGGGAUGAUUGCCUUCGGUGCCAAGUAUCUGGAGACACAGUUCUUCAUCCCCGCAUGGAAAGCCAACAUCCUACUAGGUAUGAUGAACAUCGUCGCCGCCUCGGCCGGAACUAUCGUUGGGGGUCUGGUGGUGACGAAGAGGAAAUUGUCGCCGGUGGCGUGCACGAAGAUGCUGCUGUCGGUCGGCUGCCUCUCACUUGUUCAGGUUGCACUGGGGUUCGUGUUCGGGUGCGGCAAUGCGGACAUCGUGGGAUUUAACACCAAGAGCGUGGACGGUGCAACGAACGGCACCUGUGCGGAGUCUUGCGGAUGCGACAACAACACGUACUUCCCGGUUUGUGGAGCGGACGGAAGUAACUACAGGUCGCCGUGUCACGCCGGAUGUGCCUCCUACGAAGGGAUGUCGUUCGGCGCGUGCACAUGUAGCGGGGGCGCGGCCAGCCCGGGCCUGUGCGAGACCACGUGCGGCAUGCUGUACCCAUACCUCGUGAACAACGUGAUUGGUGCCUUCCUCGGCACACUCGGCAUGAUGCCCGGCUUCAUCGUCAUGCUUAGAAGCGUAAGCGAGGGAGACAAGUCCAUGGCUGUGGGGUUUUCGUCUCUAAUGUCGACAAUCUGUGGAUGGUUUCUAGGACCAAUUGUGUUCGGAAAACUCAUAGACACCGCGUGCGUCAUUUGGAGCGCUUCUUGUUCCGGUAAAGGAGCAUGCGCACUUUACGACAACAUUGAUAUUCGGAUAAAAAUGCACUCGUACCAGCUCGUACCCAAAGCGAUCGCAAUUCUUCUCCAGGUGUUUGUGUUCAUCAAAGCGCGAAAGAAGACCGACUGGAGCUUGACACAUGACGACGCCGAGGCCGCCGACAGAGAAGAAGGCGACGUGGCGGAAGCUAUGAUUGAUCAGCAAAUGGAUACGUAUCAUCCGUCCAGCUGGAAACCUGAUCCAAUUUAUAAACAAGUCAGCAAUCCAUCAAGCUGAGCUCUAACGUGAAUAAGGUUAACUCUGCAACUGACGAAUUACAUUAAAUUCGUUUACAAUAUAUUACAUGUAUUAUGUAAUGUAAUAAUGUAAGGCCGGAUGAAAAGAAGACCAGUGGGAAAAUGGCGAUUUGGUUCCGCUGUACGAGAAUGUAUUCCCGAUAAUUAAUCAAAUAUGGGUACGAAGAUUCAAUUUCAUUAACACGUGUUGUCACGGUAUUCGAUGGUUUUUAAACUUUGGUUUUCAGGCAAAAUGUGCGUAAAAAAUUAUAGUACAUGUAUCAUACUCGUCGAUUUAAAUUCGUACUUUUGUCGUUUCGCGUAUUCCGAAUCCCACAAUAGUAUUAUCUAUGAAAUGGAGAGGUCGAAAUAUUACGAUUAUAGAGGACAUAUCCCUUUUCCACAACGAUUUCACAAACAUUUAUGACAGGCUUGUUUACAUAACACAACAUGAAUAUAUUACUGUUAACUGUCAACAUAUUUAAUGAUAAAACCGUAAAUAGCGUAUAACAUAUUUAAUGAUAAAACCGUAAAUAGCGUAUACAAUUGUUCUCUUAAUCGUUAUCAUCAGUAUACUAACACGCAUGUAUUAUUAAAUAUAAAUAAAUAUGUAAGAAACUAUAACAUGAAUUUUUAGUAAACAUGCGAAAAGUG